AUGGCGGACCUGGUCACUCAACUCAUUCCUAUCCUUUCUACCAUCCUUCUUCCGGAUGGCUCUGUCCAAACCACGACCGUUGCCACUUCCACUUCCACAGAUUCCUCAUCGACAUCAUCGACAUCGUCCUCGGCAUCUUCGACGAGUUCGUCGACGUCGACAACGUCGACAACGUCGAGUUCGACAUCGAGCACCACAAGCUCGACCUCCACCACCCCAACCUCAUCGAGUACUUCUUCGAGCACAACAUUCACCUCGUCAUCGAGCGUUCCCACCACAACUUCGACUAGCAAUACGCCAACCACAUCAAGCACGAGUACAACGCCUACGUCCACGGAUCCACCACCAUCUCCUCGGCCAUCCGCGUCAUCGUCAUCGUCUUUGUCUUCGUCAUCGUCUUCGCGUGAAAACGAACCAACCAGCAGCGAAGCCGUCAUAUCGACUUCCACUUCGCGGACGCCCUCAGUCAUCACCACCCAGACAUCGCUUACUACCGUCACCUUACCCAAUGGCCAGACCUCCACUUCGACUGCUUACGCCGUCACCACCGCCAACGGCCAACUAAGCGGUAGCGGCAGCAGCAGCGGUAGCAGCAAUGGCUUCUUCAGCAAACCGGGGGCUGUCGGCGGUACUUUUGCCGUCGUUGGCCUUGUAUGUGUCGCCAUUGUCGCCGCCAUUUUCUACAUGCUUUGGAGGCGUCGAAAGGCACAGAGGAUGGAUGCCGACGUCGUCGCAGCUGCCUCUGCUGCUGCUGCUACCAAGAGAACGCCAUUCGACGAUGAUGACCCGGAAAUGAUCGAAGACCCCAGCUACGGUACGGGCGCUGCUGGAAUGGGAGGUGCUGCUGCGGGCGCAGGAGCCUACGGGGCAUCUCCAUCCAUGAUGCAGCAGUACUACAGCAACUACGGUCCCUCGAGCGAAGGCUACGAGCCCAGCCACAUGUCGGGCGGAACUGCCCCUGGCUAUGCCGGUAUGGGCGCCUACGGUCCUAUGGCUGCCGCUGCCGCUGGUGCUGGCGGUGCGGCUGCCUACUACGCCGGUGGAUCUGCCACUGACGGUUCACAUUACUACGAGAGCGUGCCCAAUGAAGGCGCGUACCAAGGAAUGGGCUCGAUGGCACACGAUCCAAACAGCUACAGCCAGGGAGGUCAUGAAGAUCCUUACGGCGCUGGUAGUGGUGGUCAUGGAUACAACCACAGUGGUGCACCUCAGCUCAACUGGGCUCCCGGCGCCUCGCCCCCGCUUGACCAGGACGUCUAUGGAGGCGUCCACGCUGCUCAGGGCUACCCGGCAGGUGCAGGUGCAGCUGGCGUUGCAGCUGGAGGCAGCAAUGUGUUUGCUGACCCGAGUGGCAGCAGCAACGAGACUGACGGUAGGAUCGAUAUGACCGCUCAUGCGGCUGGGUCGUCGGUCAGCUUGAGAGACGACCAGGAUUAUGGUCGUCGUUUGGCCGUCCGUAAUGGCGAGCAGUGA